GUGUCAAAUUUAAAUUUGUAUUAAUAACGAAUUUUCGUUUGUUUGUGUAAACUGAAAUGUGAAUAUUGUUUCAACUUUAAUAAAUUAACUAGUUGAAUCCUUAGUUAGUGAAGUGUUUUUAAAUAAUGAUAGAAUAGUAUCAACACGAUAUCAGAAAUGGAUCAAGAAGACACCCAGAGUAACAAAACUGAUGCCGCGGCCGCGGCCAAAAGGAAGCGCAGAUCAUCAAUACUUAAAAGUCAAAGACCACCUCGAACUCCAUUCUCUGAGCUUGAAUUCAAUGUUGCUACACCCACUGACACAACAAAGAGCCGUCGCGUUAGUUUCUCUAAAAGGACUGGUGUAGCGGAAUUUGUUACAAACGAAGGUACUACAACUUGGAAAAAUUUCUAUGAAGAACAUAACAAGUCGCUAGAAACCUCUGGAAAUGAUGCUCAUAAUGGUCAAAGACCUCAAUCUAUUGGUCAAUUAGGUCGACAUAUUUUUGACCAACAGUUUGAAGAAUUUGAAGCUAUAGAUUUUGGAGGAACAUUGCUCCCAACACAAACGCUUGCACAACAAUUACAUAACUCCCUAAACGUCAAUAUCACUCAGCAGCUGGCUGCAUUAGAAUGUACUGGGGAGAAACUUGCAAUUCCACAACAAAACUUUGAGUUGAGUGAAGUAACUGACCAGAGAAGCAAACUUUUUAAUGAUGAACUCACCAUUCCAGCUAUGGCAGAAAUGUCGAACCAAAUGAAUGUUGACUUUUCUGCUAUGAAUAGUAAAUGUGAUGAUCUAGAUGAAAUUCAAAAAGAUGUGAAUAGAGUGCAUCAAAAUGUUGUUGGACCUGCUAAUUUCGGGAAUGUCUCUGAAUAUAUAGAAGUUGACCUCAAUAUGACCAAUGUUGGUGUAAGAAAUGAUGAUGAUAUGUCUAUAACUGAGACAGUUCAUAUCCCGAAAGUACAAGAAGUAGUGAAGUCAGCAUCAAAGAAAUCGAUUACAAAGUUUAGUUUAGACGAUAAAGAGAAUAUAGCUCUUAAUCCAUAUGCACCGAUUUGUGAAAGUGAACAUUUUGCCAUAGAGGAAAAAAAUGAAGUAUUAGUUUUUGAUGGCAAAAAAUUAACUGUGCAGAUUGAGAAAAAAAGUGUUUGUGCACCUGUAUCUGUAGAAUCACGACCAAGAAAGACAAUAAUACUUAAUACAGAUGAUGAUUUGCCUAAUUUCAAAUCAGAUCCAAAUCCAUGUUUAAAAUUACAAGAAGUUAAUCAAGAAAACCUGGAUGAUGUGUCUAGAAGUAGGACAACAUUGUUUGAAGAUAAAUCCAUGACCCAAGCUCUACCUGUAAACAUUAUUGAUCAGAAUGAAGUACAAAUUAACCCAGAAAGAGAAAGGACUAUUAUCUGCAAUGACGACUGUAACAUGUCUACAACUCAAGUUAUAUCUACAAAAAUAUACAAUCAAGACCAAAAAGUAGUACAGGAUAAUGCAGAAAGAAGAAGAACUAUUGUCUAUGGUAAUGACUGUGAUAUAUCUAUGACACAAGCCCUGUCAAGUAAUGUUAUUAUUGAUGCCUACACUGCACAGGCUAAAGAAAAGAGACAAACAAUUGUCUUUGAAAAUGAUGGAGAUUUAUCAUUAACACAGGCUGUUCCCAGUAUAAAAGUUAUGCAACACAAAGAAAAUCCUUCAGAGGCUAAGGUAGAAAAGAGACGAACUAUAAUUUUUGAAAAUGAUGGAGAUUUAUCAUUAACACAAGCUAUUCCUACUAUAGAAGUUAUGCAUAACAAAGAAAAUCCUUCAGAGGCUAAGGUAGAAAAGAGACGAACUAUUAUUUUUGAAAAUGAUGGAGAUUUAUCAUUAACACAGGCUAUUCCUACUUUAGAAGUUAUGCAUAACAAAGAAAAUCCUUCCGAGGCCAAGGUAGAAAAGAGACGAACUAUUAUUUUUGAAAAUGAUGGAGAUUUAUCAUUAACACAGGCUAUUCCUACUAUAGAAGUUAUGCAUAACAAAGAAAAUCCUUCCGAGGCUAAGGUAGAAAAGAGACGAACCAUUAUUUUUGAAAAUGAUGGAGAUUUAUCAUUAACACAGGCUGUUCCUACUGUAGAAGUUAUGCAUAACAAAGAAAAUCCUUCAGAGGCUAAUGUAGAAAAGAGACGAACUAUUAUUUUUGAAAAUGAUGGAGAUUUAUCAUUAACACAGAAUAUUCCAACUGUAGAAGUUAUGCAUAACAAAGAAAAUCCUUCCGAGGCUAAGGUAGAAAAGAGACGAACUAUUAUUUUUGAAAAUGAUGGAGAUUUAUCAUUAACACAGGCUAUUCCUACUUUAGAAGUUAUGCAUAACAAAGAAAAUCCUUCAAAGGCUAAUGUAGAAAAGAGACGAACUAUUAUUUUUGAAAAUGAUGGAGAUUUAUCUAUUACACAAGCUAUUCCUACAGAUAUCAUAAAUAAUAAAGUACCAGUAGAAAGUAAACCGGAAAGAAGGCGAACUGUAGUCUUUGAUAAUGACGGUGAUAUAUCAAUAACACAAGCUCUCCCUACAAAUAUAGUUAAUACCAUAAGCAGAGAAGGUUUAGCCAAGCUUGAAGAAAAAAUGAAUGACAUAUCUACUAUGCAAGCUGUGUCUAACCAUUUAUUAAUGAAUGCUAAUAAAUGUGAAACUACAAAUAAAAGAAAAACUAUUGUCUAUAAAGAUGAUGGUGAUAUAUCAAUGACGGAAGCAGUUCCAGCAAAAAUAUAUCAAAGUCACAAUAAUAUAAUAAAAACGGUUUCAAGUGAAAUUCCUCCACCACAAAUAGAUAUUAAUACUCAAAAUAAAACGCAGAAUUAUGAAGAUAUGGAUAUUUCAGUUACUCAAACACUACCACAAAAUAUCCUGUCAAAGAGAAGAACAAUUUGCAAUGAAGAUGACUUAUCUAGGACACAAGCCAUACCUUCAAACAUGUUAAAUAAAAAUAAGACUGUUUUGUAUGACAACAAUAUGGAUAUAUCUAUUACUCAAACAAUUCCACAGAGUGUCUUUUUAGCCCAGAUAGAAAAACAGACACCUCUUUCUACCAAUGAGGUCACAAGAGAUCAAACGCAACCCGCACAAAUACUUCCCAGAAUUGAAAGUGCACUUUUACGGGAAUGUCAAUCUACAAUUCAAAAUGUAAACAAUUUACAAGCAGAAGCUAAAAGAGACAUUUGUGUUACCCAAUCUGAAAAUAAGAUCACAGAAACUAAUAUGGUAGAAUUAAAUAGCAUGGUAUUGCCAGAAAAUUUGGUAGAAAAUAUGGAUAUAUCGGACAAUGUCCCUUCUCAACCUGCGGACUUCAAUAUGUCAGUAGAUGAACUUAAAAUAGAAGAGAAACAAUUUCAAAGUGAACCUGUUAAUGAGACAGAUAAACCUGAUUACGGUAAUCUAUCUAAUAAACCUAUACCGAGUAAUAUCCUUACUCUAGAACAGAAUUUGGAAAAUAAGCAGAGAAAAUCACAACAUUAUCACGAAUCUCUACGUGGCAACCAAGCUUUUGUUUAUCAAUCUAUAACAAAUGUAAAAAUUUCUGAUCAAGAAGGGAAUGGAAGUUCAAAAAUACUUACAGAAAAGCCGUCGAGAGAGUCUAUCAAAGAAAACUUAUCAUUCAUUAAGUCUGAGAAUAAUUUACAUCUAACGGACGCAAGUGCACCUUUAGAUAUUACCGAGUCCAUCGAUAGAGAUAAACAAAUAGAAGAAAUAAAAUCAGAUUUUGAAAAGCCGAAGGUUUGUGUUACUGGAUCAAUUUCAUCUCAAAUUUCAACAAAAACUAAGAAAUCAAUAUUAAACGAAUUACUAGAUAUGUCGACUGGCUCGGAAGAGUGUUUGGAUGACAAAAAUAUCAAGGCCGUAAUAGACAGUAGAAGUGACGACUUAAAAGUCCUUCAAGAAGACAUAAAUAUUGCUGAAAUAAGAUCGAGUGAUGUAUUCAGAAUAACAAGAGGUAGUUUUGAUGGACCGGAAUUGGAAGAAUUUAAAACAAAAACUGAAAUUGAAGAUUCGCCUGCGAUUAAGUUUGAAGAUAAUGACGUUGAUGAUUUUAAGAUCAAAUUGCAAACUUUAAAAACAAUAUCCAAAAAUAGACAUUACGAACAAGUGGUUAGCGACGACAUAGAAGAACCAGAUUUGAAUAAAACAAAUACAAGAAAAUCGUUUAAGAAUGCGGACGAUACUCGGGAGUUAUUACAAAUGCUCUCUGAGUUCACCGAUCGGCCAACUCUGUCACCAACUAUUGAAGAAGAUAUGUAUUUAAAAGAAGAGGAAAAGUAUGGAGAGACACAAACUGAGCCACGAAGAAUUAGUUUUGCUGCUAAUAGACGAUCUAUUGUUCUCAGCAAAGAAGAACUUUUUAAUAACAUUUCAAUGGCUCAAGCUGCACUACAGGAAUCGCGUUACCUAGACGAUACUUUCGAUGUAGCGACUGAGAUGUCUAAUGGAACAAUAGAUAUUGAGGACAGAAACCAAAAAUCUUUAAGAAUGGGCAGUGAUGUGGUUAAAGAGCUUAAAUUUGAUGACACAGAAGAUGAUGUAGUGAUUUCGCCGUUGAAGAAAACUGCGUUCGGUGAAACAACUUAUAUGAACGAAAGUAAAGAAAAAUCUAAAGUUAUACCGACUUACGAUGUAACAGAUGGUAUUAAAGAACUAAUGAAUGAUUUGGUUAAGCCAAUGGCUGAUAUUCUACCCUUCGAGGCUGGCAAUUUAGAUAGAUCAACGAAAAAAUCACCGUCAACAAUCAGUACACAAAUACAAGCUAAUCUUAUAACUUCGAGUCAAAUUGAUAUAGAUGUUGAACUACAAUCGACUCCAGAUUCAGUUGCGGAUAUGGGUUCAUCGUUGCUUAGUAAAGUUACUUCUCUGGGUAGUAAAGCGAUAGCCAGCGUUUUCCCAGGACCAAAGAUAGAUGAUGAACAACCGGAAAAAUCUAAAUCCCCAAGAAAUCGACCAAGUGUGCCAGGACACGUACUUGUGUUCGAUCCCGGAAAUCCAUUAAACAAUGUUAUAUUAUCUGCUAGGGAUUACGAAAAUGUUCACUCAUACAAUCCUAUACGAUCAUCCGAAACGCUUCAUUCUGAACGAGAACAUUCCGUACAAUUGACUGACUCUAACGAAGAUAAGGGAAGGGUUGAAACACAAUACAACGUUAACGUGGCUAUCGCAUCAGGCGACGCUGGCUCGCAAAUCAAUAGAAGCAAUACGUCCAUAAAGAGUAAACCACUAUCUAUAGAUCGAUCAGUGGAAAUGAAACUGAACAUAAGAGAUAAUGAAAUUAACACGGAAAUUGCUAUGAAACCGAAUUCAGAACUUUUGGACGCACAUUCAUCGCUCACGUUGGUUGAUGACGCAUUAGCACGCAGCACUUUUGAUGUCGACUUAGAUACGCGCACAGAAUCUGAUGUUAAGACGCCGGUACGGGUUAUAUAUGAAAUGGAUGAGAAUGGAUGUCUGUCGGAGAAGCUGGAAUCAGAUCUUACGUCAAACGAAGAUGUAGAAGUCGAUCAUCCGAAGAAGCGCGGCCUCAGUCCCUAUGCGCCAACAACAGAUUUGACCCCAAAGCCGCGAAGUAAAAUACAGAAAAUGUCAAAGACAAGAACAAGUCCAAAGAAACCGAUAACCGUUCAGGAGAUUAUGACAGAGUUCAAUAUUACGAAGAGAGAACAAAAUGCGAUCGUGAAACAAGUGAAUAAGGCUGUAGAUUUUGAAAUGAGAAGCGUGACGUCAUACGAGAGUACGCAAAGUGCGAAAUCAGAGCGGCAAUUUAGCAGUGAAUCUUCGAGGGUAGAUUUCAGAAGCAUUAGUGAACAAAGCUCGAAGAAUAUGUUCGAAGAGUGCGAAUCCAGUACCAACGUUGUCGCAAAGAUUGACAUGUUGCCGUUUAUGGGAAGUCGUGACUGCGAGUGGGAAGCUACUUCCGGUGACAUAUGGACCUUCCUGUUGCUUCGAUCGCGUGUAAGGGUGACUGUUAAACACGAACAUAGUUAUUUCAACGCGUCUAGAACGAGUGUAAGAGCUGAUACCCCGGUUGUGGCUGUGAAUGUCGAAAUGGUUCAUAAUGAUGAAAAAGACCCGCUUAUCGCACUAUGUCUACGUCUAGCGACGCAAUCCAUGCGAUACGAGUGUUCUCGUAAGUGUACGACGGCGGGCGAAGUACCGAUGAUGCUAAAGCGUUGUGUGUCUGUGUCUAAAACAGCUGUUCAGUGGUUGAAAGCCAUGCGUGAUGCUAUGCUAAGGCUGGCUUUUCAGGUGGAUAGGGACGGGUGUCUUACUUUAAAGGUGGCAAAUAUACGCCUCCGUUCCGUGUGGGAAGUCUCAAUGCGUAUAGAGCUGACAGUGGAAGACGCACACGAGACGGCAUGGCCAUGCGCCAAUUCCAUUGGCAUUUCGACGAUCGUCGCCGAUGUGGAGGUGGCCGCUGAUUCCUUGAAUGGUUUAAUUAAGAAUGUUCCCCAUGAUUGGGGACAUGUGCCUAGGACCAUUUGGAAAAUCUUUAAGUACCUCAAAAAUAAGCCGCGCGAUGAUGACUUCUAUGGGAUUAAUAUAUUAAAUAUGGUUAAAUAGUGUUAUUUCCGCAUUUUAUAAUCUGUGAUUCAUGAACGAAGACUGAACUCAUAACUUACCUAACCUCCAUUAGUUGAAGAUUUCAAAAUGACAAUAGCGUAAAAAUUGUCCAUCUGUGAAUCUCAAUGAACAUAGUGUGACAGUUGACAAUUUUGACAAUUGACAGGAGCAGACCAUAAAUUCCUAAAGAAAUUUGACAAUUAUUGGCGAUAGAAAUAACUUUGAAUUUAGACAAUUUAGGUUUUAGCUAAUUUAUUAAAUAAAGAUUAACUUGCGUAUAUUGAAUUCCUGUCAUUUUUGAGCUACGGAAGUCAAAGAUAAGUUUUGUUUCGGAAUCUUGAGAGUCAAAACUCGGCAAGAACUAGUAUGUCAAGAUGUUUUGGCAUAUGGAAGCGAUACUAGGCGCCAAGUUACGACUAAUUCCUUUAUAAUUUUGUAUUUGAAACUAAAAAAAAUAAAUAAGUUAAAAAUGUUUCAGUACAAAAAUUUCCCAAUGUUUAUAUAUAAUGGUAAAAUUCACAGUUGUAAACCGGGCUUUUCCGAAGCGCAAUUGCAAAUGAAAUAUUCAAUCUAAUUUUAUCUCAGUGAUUUUUAAACGUCGAUUUUUUAAAUAUUUCGAUAAAAAAUGUAAAAAGGAAAAUUUCAACAUAUCAUAAUAAAUGUAUUGUUUAAUUUUAGUUUUAAGGUUUUUCAAUACUGUAUUACUUUACAAUUUUAUUAAAAUAUUGGUUGAAU